GUUGUGUCCAUCCUUUUAAAUAUGGUUUAUUAUUGUUUGUUUUUUUGUUUUUUUUUUUCUUUCCUUUUGUCUUUCCAGUUUAGACUUUGGAGCAUUACAUAUAUAGGCCAUCUACUUCUUUCGUCGCUUCUAAUUGCUAACUAUAGAAUCUUCACUCACACCGCCCAGCAAUUUCAAUGGAAGCCUAUGGAUAUACAUGGAUCUUUGCCAUAUCUAUGGUCAUUGCGUUUAUGGACGCGUUUGGUAUUGGUGCAAAUGAUGUGUCCAAUUCGUUUGCUACUUCAGUUUCUUCGGGCUCCCUUAGUCUGGGGCAAGCAUGUAUCAUUGCUUGCUUUACAGAAUUUGGUGGUGCUGUUCUUCUUGGUGCGGAAACUGCAGAGACAAUCAAAGGCGGUAUUCUUUCUCCCUCUUAUUACGUCAAUCAGCCUGAGAUGCUAAUGCUGGCUAUGUUUUGCGCUAUCUGUGGUUCCGCUGCUUGGGUCCUUACGGCUAGUCGAUUUGGUUGGCCUGUAAGCACUACACAUUCUAUUGUGGGGGCGAUCAUAGGUGUCGGAAUUUCUGCUUUUGGCGCAGGAAGUAUUGACUGGUCUUGGAAUGGUGUAUCACAAAUUAUUGCUUCUUGGUUCAUAUCACCUGUAUGUGCUGGUAUUGUGGCUGCCAUUAUUUAUACUAUCACCAAACACGCUAUCUUACGUCGGGUGGAGAGUUUCAAAUGGGGAAUUCGACUCGUUCCUGUUUACUUCUUCUUCACUGCUGCCAUCGAAGCCUUCUACAUCAUCUACAAAGCUCCUGGCGGUGGAUCAAAACACAUGUCGAUAGGUCUUAUCGUUGGUAUUGCCUUCGCUGUCGCUGCUGCUUGCGCUCUAUUUGCUCAAUUUUUCUUCUGUCCUUGGGUGGUCCGUCGUGUCAAAAAUAGAGAAGCUGUCAAGUGGUACCAAAUCUUCUACGUUCCGUGGUUGAAGAGACAACGCACCAUCGAUGAGAUUGAAGCUGAAAGGCAGCAACAGCACAGACCGGAAUCCAUUGUCACACCGAGCGAUGAAGAGACCCAUACAGAGACUGAUGCUAACCAUACGACUGAAGUGGAAGUUGUCAAUGAAAAAUUAAAAGAAGUGGACACAAAAGAUGCGGAUACAAACACUUCAUUAGCUAACGAUCAAGAAAGCGGCGAUCUGCAAAAAUUAUCAAGCAAGCAAUGGUUAUCGAGCACAUUGAACAAAUACAAGACAAAAGUGAUUCAAAUGGCUACGCAUGGCUUAAAACAAGAUGUUCGUAAUAUUGACAACGCUAAACUUCGACAUGUCCAUGCGAACGCAGAAAUAUAUGAAGACGAUGCUGAAUAUCUCUUUUCGUUCCUUCAAGUGAUCACUGCCUGUAUGGCUUCUUUUGCCCAUGGUUCGAAUGAUGUAUCCAAUGCUAUAGGUCCUAUCUCCUCCAUUUACACCAUUUGGUCAACCGGUAAAGUCGAAGUGGCAGGAAAAGUGCCUGUACCUAUUUGGAUAUUGGUCUAUGGUGGUGUUGGUAUUGACCUUGGUUUGGCUCUCAUGGGUUAUCACGUCAUGCGCGCGAUGGGUAAUAACAUUACUUAUUUCACUCCUUCUCGUGGUUUUUGUGCAGAAUUAGCGGCUGCCUUGACUGUGUUGACAUGCUCUCAAUUGGGUUUGCCUAUUUCAACGACACAUUGUAUUGUUGGAGCAUCGACAGCCAUUGGUCUAUGUAACAAGAAUGGCUUAAAGGCCGUGAAUUGGAAGAUGCUGGCAAUGUGUUUCUUUUCAUGGUUUAUUACUUUGCCAAGUGCUGGACUUGUUGCUGGUUUGCUGUUCGCAUUUUGUGCCAAUUCUCCCAAAUUCCUUUAAUCCUAUUCAUUAGCUUACGUUUUGCGGAAUUGAACGUUUUACCUUUACUUUUAUCUUUUCUAUUUUUUUUACUAACCUAUAAUUCUCAUGCAGUGCACGAAAUAAUAUAUAAUAUAUUCCUUUU